UUGAAGAAUCAUUUGAACGUCGGAGUGGUGUUGAGAAAGGUGCGUGGCCAUCUCGCUCAGUUCGAUAUUUUCAGUGUCGCGAAAAAGUUUAAAUAGAAGUGCUCCUCGGCUCAUAACCAGCAGAGCUUGCGAUUUUUGGAUUUUAUCCAACACCGUCGAUUUCUUUUCGUCUGCUUGCGAAACGAGUUCGCAGCCAGCGCCGUUGGCCAUGGAGAACGCAGCGGAUUUCAUCGGCCAUCUCAACGACAUAGAUGGGCUUGCCGGCGAGGAAGACGCACAGUCCCGGGAUGAGCUAGGCGACAUCACCUACUUCAUGGCGAACUACGCCAAGGAAGCGCUCAAGAUGAUGUUCAUGAUGCGUUCUCACCACAUGCUGACCGACGUGACGCUGCAGAUCGAGAAGGAAACGUUUCACGCACACCGGGUCGUCCUGUCGGCCGCCAGUCCCUACUUCAAGGCCAUGUUCACCGGUGGGCUGAAAGAGUGCGAAAUGUCGCGGGUCAAGCUGCAAGGGGUUUGUCCAACGGCGAUGGCCCGAAUCCUGUUCUUCAUGUACACCGGCCACAUCCGGGUGACCGAGGUCACUGUGUGUCAACUACUGCCCGCCGCCACCAUGUUCCAGGUGCCGAACGUGAUAGACGCGUGCUGUACCUUCCUGGAGCGACAGCUCGAUCCGAGCAAUGCGAUUGGCAUUGCCACCUUCGCCGAUCAGCACGGCUGUACAGCGCUCAGUCAAAAGGCGAACCACUUCAUUGAAAGAAAUUUCACCAAAAUCUCCCACGAGGAGGAAUUUUUGCAACUCUCUGCAAUUCAAUUGAUUUGUCUGAUCAACAAAGAUGAACUCAAUGUGCAGGGUGAGCGCGACGUCUACGAUGCGGUGCUGAAAUGGGUCCGAUACGACAUGGAAAAUCGGUACCCAAAGAUGGAAACCAUUCUCGGUGCAGUACGAUGCCAGUUGUUGACGCCCAGUUUUCUCAAGGAGCAGAUGAAGACCUGCGAUGUGCUGAAGCGGGUGCCGGCCUGUCGUGAAUAUCUGGCGAAGGUGUUCAAAGACCUAACCCUUCACAAGCGACCAUCCUGCAAGGAACGUAAGCCGAACACAACUCGAAUGAUUUUCGUAGCCGGUGGCUACUUCAAACAUUCCCUCGACAUGCUGGAAGGCUAUAACGUGGACGACAACCUGUGGAUAACGCUUCCCAAGCUGACGGUGCCGCGAUCGGGACUGGGUGCCGCAUUUCUCAAAGGUACAUUCUACGCCGUCGGUGGAAGGAAUAACUCACCGGGAUCGUCGUACGACUGCGACUGGGUUGAUCGGUACAAUCCAACAUCGGAGACGUGGCGACCAUGUUCGCCGAUGUCGCUGCCCCGGAACAGGGUCGGCGUGGCGGUGAUGGAUGAGUUGCUGUAUGCUGUUGGUGGUUCCGCGGGAUCCGAAUACCACAACACGGUCGAACACUACGACCCGGAAGUGGACAGAUGGACCACCGUUCAGCCGAUGCACGCGAAACGCCUGGGCGUGGGUGUCGCCGUUGUCAACCGUCUCCUGUACGCCAUCGGAGGAUUCGACGGGCAGGAAAGGCUUCCCACCGUAGAAUGCUAUCACCCGGAAAACAACGAAUGGACGAUGGUACCACCGAUGAAGUAUGGCCGCUCGGGUGCCGGAGUAGCUGCCAUCCAUCAGCACAUCUACGUGGUGGGAGGAUUCGACGGAACGCGACAACUGGACUCUGUAGAACGGUACGAUACGGAACUGCAGACGUGGGAGCUAGUUGCACCCAUCAAGAUCGCCAGAAGUGCCUUAUCAUUGACGGUUCUGGACGGGAAGCUGUACGCCAUGGGCGGAUACGACGGACACAAUUUCCUAGGCAUCGUUGAUGUCUACGAUCCUGUGAGUAAUACUUGGCAGGAAGGAACGCCCCUUACUUCUGGAAGAAGUGGACAUGCGUCAGCGGUCAUCUACGCAUCGUCCUGCAUUACCAACUACCUGGAAAAUCUCAACAUCACUGGGGACACGAGAGGUCGCAAAGGGGAUAAGGGCAACGACGGAGAUUGCGGCUUCCCUUCGGGUGGCGGUGUCGAGCGUAUGGAAUGUGAAGCUUCGUCUUCUAGAGGACCCCCGGCGGGAAGAGACGGCCAAUAUCGCACUCACAGUUAUGACCUAAAAGUCGAAGAGAAUGGUGACGAUGAAUAUAACGAUAGCGAACUUAUGAAAUCACUUUGUAGCAAUGUACCUUGCAACUGUUCGAAUAUAGCAAUCAAAAAAUUCAAAACAGAUUCAGACGCAAAAUGGCAAAACGGCAUGAACGAUUUGACAAUGGAAUCAGAUCCGAUCGAUUGUGGUGGAAAUGAAGAAGAAGCUAUGAAAAACUUGACUUUGGCGGAUUACACGAUACCCUCUGCAGUUCCCGUACCUUCAGAAAGAAAUGGCCCCGACAUUCCGUCAGCAUGCAGCAACGACAAUAAUAACUCAGAACCAGUAAGUCCCGAUAAGAAGCAGUGUCCACUGUACAAAGGAAAGGUGAAACGAAAAGCAUGCAACGGUUCAUUCAAAGACAACUGCGCACUGCUUCGGCUCAAAAAACAGAUCACAUGCCUGGUGUCGUCCAUUGUGUCCUCUCCAGUCGCACCCCCGGUCAAUCCAUGCCUUACGACGGGGGACGAAUGUUCGUAUCCUCAGAGCACAUCUCCGGAUAGUCCUCUGCUGCCAGAUAGUGACCCAACGGACCAACCACCUGGAGAUUCAAGUUUCCACUCGAUGCCUUGAUAACUACUGGCGUUUGCGGGAGACAACUCCGAUUUGUCUUCCUCUGAUCGAUUCCAAAAAAAAACUAUCGACAAGAAAAAUAACUGCAUUCCUUGCCUCCUGAAUUUUUAUUAUAUUAGGUAGUAAAUUAUUCUCCAUUGUCGAAUUAGCAUAUAGAACAGUUACGUAUGAAUUUAUGCGGAAGGACGGCAGCAUUCAUACUAUGUAUGAAUGCACUAUUAGAAUUUAGUGGCGACUUUCAUCUCACUUUUUCCUAUGUGCACUCGUCAGAAGAAAUAUAUUUUAAGACGGCGAUUACGGUCCUGGUAUAAAUCUUUAUUUUUCCAGCAAGUUUACGGAUUUUAUCGGUUAGUUUUGUGGCACAAGAAGAAAGACUAUAAGGUUAUAAAUUUUGCAAUUAUCUGAUUACUAAAGAACAGCCAAAACCAUUGAGCAUCCCUUUGAAUCCACUAUUUAGGGACUAAAUGAGCGGAAAGUGUCAUAACUUCAUAUGUGUAUAAUUUUCAUAAUGUAAUAGUUUUAUAAUAUGACGAUCGAAAUACAAAUAUUGUGUACCAAAAA